AACCAUGGUUCUUUAACCUGCAGGUGACAUUUUCUGUGUGAAUUUGAACUUCAUUGUAAACACAGGAAAACAUGACAAGCCUUGAGGACAAAACUCUGUGGGAGGACAUGGAUACCUCUGUGGCUGAUGAAAUCCUGCGUCUGGGAACAGAUGAGAUCAUUGGCAGGACACGUCUGCUGGACAGCGAAAUCAAGAUCAUGAAGAGUGAUGUCAUGCGAAUCUCUCAUGAGCUUCAGGCAAUGAAAGAGAAGAUAAAGGAGAAUACAGAAAAGAUAAAAGUCAACAAGACACUUCCAUAUCUUGUGUCUAAUGUGAUUGAGCUUCUGGAUGUUGAUCCCCAAGACCUUGGGGAGGAAGAGGGAGCUAAUAUUGAUCUGGACGCCCAACGAAAAGGGAAAUGUGCCGUCAUCAAGACUUCCACUCGCCAGACAUACUUUUUGCCUGCAAUUGGGCUUGUUGAUGCAGAGAAGUUGAAGCCAGGAGAUCUUGUUGGAGUCAACAAAGACUCAUAUUUGAUCUUAGAGACAUUGCCAGCAGAAUAUGAUUCCCGUGUGAAGGCAAUGGAAGUGGAUGACAGACCCAAGGAACAAUACUCUGACAUUGGAGGCCUUGACAAGCAAAUUGAGGAGUUGAUUGAAGCUGUGGUGCUCCCAAUGACCCAUAAGGAGAAGUUUGAGAACCUGGGGAUCCAGCCACCUAAAGGUGUUCUGCUGUAUGGCCCUCCAGGAACAGGGAAGACCCUUCUUGCCCGAGCAUGCGCUGCACAGACCAAGUCUACCUUCCUCAAGUUGGCUGGCCCCCAGUUGGUGCAGAUGUUCAUCGGGGAUGGGGCCAAGUUGGUUCGCGAUGCUUUUGCUCUAGCUAAAGAGAAGGCCCCAGCCAUCAUCUUCAUUGAUGAACUCGAUGCCAUCGGUACAAAGCGGUUUGACAGUGAAAAAGCAGGUGACAGAGAGGUUCAGCGAACCAUGUUGGAACUACUGAAUCAGUUGGACGGCUUCACAUCCCAUCAAGACAUCAAAGUAAUAGCAGCUACAAAUCGUGUGGAUAUCCUGGAUCCUGCUCUUCUGCGUUCGGGUAGGUUGGAUCGGAAGAUCGAGUUCCCUUGCCCGAAUGAAGAGGCCAGGGCUCGCAUCAUGCAGAUUCAUUCCCGGAAGAUGAACAUCAGCCCUGAGGUGAACUUCGAGGAGUUGGCUCGCUGCACUGAUGACUUCAACGGGGCCCAAUGCAAGGCUGUCUGCGUAGAAGCUGGUAUGAUUGCCUUACGCCGAGGAGCGGCUCAAGUGAUGCAUGAGGAUUUUAUGGAUGGCAUUCUUGAAGUCCAAGCCAAAAAGAAGGCCAACCUUAAUUACUAUGCUUGAAGGAAUGCAAAAGAUAUCUAUGGAAAGAGAACUUCUCUUGUAAUAAAAUUCACCCAACUUUCAUA